UUAUAAUAUCAUUAAUAACUUUGAUUGGUUAGUAGCUUAUAUUUGGUAUUUUUAAAUAUUUGAGCCUCAAUCAUUGUUUAUUUUUUUAUUUUUUUAUUUUAAUAGAUGAUUGUCCAGUGCACCUUGAUUUAACACCUGAAAAUCUAGCAUCUUUCAAUCUGCAUGUUGAAAUCUGUAGGCAAGUUUUUUGUUAUUACUAAUUUCUGUUUUACUAAAUAUUAUAUGUAAGACUACUUUAUUCGAUAAAUCUAUAAAAAUAAGUAAAUAAUAUUUAUUGGUGAACAGGUGAGACUCUAGCGUCAAAAACAGAACUGUUGCCUGGUGAAAAAUCCACUGCAAACUCCGCUGCGGAAAAUAAAAAUUUACAAAAUCAACCGCUCACUGACAUUUCUGGCAAGAAAAGUACGUAUGUUCUUUUUAAUCAUAAUUUUGUUUCCUUAUACACUGUUUAUUAUCUGUUCUUAUUUCUUAUCACAGAUGCAAGUUCAUUGUAUUACUAAUUUCUGUUUUACUAAAUAUUGUAUGUAAGACUACAUUAUUCGAUAAAUCUAUCAAAAUGAAUAAAUAAUAUUUAUUGGUGAACAGAUGAAUCUCUGGCGUCAAAAACAGAACUGUUGCCUGGUAAAAAAUUUGCUGCGGAAAAUAAAAAUUUACAAAGUCAACCGCUCACUGACAUUCCUGGCAAGAAAACAUCGUGGAAAGAUGAUUAUGCUAUUAGAACUGUUAUUGAUGAAUGGAAAGGACACGAAAGUUAUUUUAAAAGCACCACCAUUACUAACAAGAAAGUCUGGGAAAUAAUAGCCAGCAAGUUGAAGAAAGAGAACUCACUCUGGGACUAUACUGGUCAGCAAUGUGAAGACAAAUUUAAGGACUUUAGGAAACACUAUGUGAAAGCUAGAGAUAAAAAUGAGAAGAAAAGUGGCCUUCCAGUUGCUACAUGCAAGUUUUAUAAAGAAAUGGAUGAUACUCUUGGUGACAAGCCAGCUGUGAAACCUGUGUCCAUAACUUCAAUAUUAAGAAAACAUAAUUCAAUAGAUAUUCUUCAAAUGCAGCUUCUGUAUGCCUAAACAACAGCAGUGAAGACGACAGUGAACGUGAUUCUACUCCUAAAUCCAAAAAGAGGAAAAGAAGUGUCACUGAGAAAAAUAUCGAAAGAUUACUUACCUCGAAAAAAGAGGAGUCUAAUAAAAAAGAAAAUGCUUGACAGAAGAGGCACACUGAGCGUAUGGAGCGACAGGAUCGUGCUAUUGAGAUUUAUCAAAGUGUAAUGAACCGACUCUUGGAGAAGUUAUAGAGUUGUAAGUGAUGUACAUCUGGGGGCUAAAUGGCUGAUAAUGGGUCUCUGAGGUCAGAUAAGCAGUCGGCACUUCCUUGACAAUAAAACUCGGAGAAACGCCCGCAGCUUCCUUUGAAGUGUCUCAGCAAAUCCUACUUCCACGUCCAAGAAGACUACGGUCGCGUGGCCCCCGGACAAUGUUCUUCCCGCCCUGCCAGAUAGAAUAGCUGACGGUUGAGGGUGAAUGGCGAGUUUCCGGCGCCAGAAAACUGGAACAGGCCGACUAAGGGUAGUCCCCCCCGACAGAAAAGACUUCGCACUUCUGGAGGCGAUAAGGUGGCAGCCCCACCACCGGAAUCGGAUACAGUAGGCCAAUCACUUACUUAUCUUAAACAUACAUGAUUACUGAAUCCUCUAUGAAAAAUAACCGGACGGAUCACAGGGAAACGACAUUAGCAAGGAAACGGACAAGAAUCGGCUGCUGGAAUGUGAGAACUCUAUAUGAAACAUCAAGACUAGCGCAACUAAUGAAAGAGUUCAAUCAAUAUAAGCUAGAAAUACUCGGUAUCAGCGAGAUGAGGUGGAAUGACUCUGGUGAGCACAUGGCUGCUGGUGGGGAGACGAUCAUCUUUUCUGGCAAGCCGUCGGGAGAGGCGCAUGAGAGCGGUGUAAGCAUGGUCCUAAGUAAAACUGCGAAGCGUUGCCUCCUUAAUUGGAAACCCAUAUCAGAUAGAUUGAUUACGGCGCGCUUUAGAACGCACGCAAGAAACUUAACAAUAGUCCACUGCUAUGCGCCGACAGAACAAGCUCCACUGGAAACUAAGGAAGACUUUUACGACCAACUCUCUUCCACAAUUACAAAUACCCCGAAAGGUGAUAUUCUGCUACUUAUGGGAGACCUUAAUGCGAAAGUUGGCAGCGACAACAGAGGUUUGGAGCACAUAAUGGGGCGCUGUGGGAUGGGCACCAGAAAUAUAAACGGUGGGCUGCUACAGGACCUUUGCCUUCAGCACAAUCUAUUAAUUGGAGGAACGCUAUUCCCGCACAAAGACAUACAUAAGGUAACAUGGAUGUCUCCAGACCACAGAACAAAUAAUCGGAUUGACCAUCUUCUGAUCUCAAAAACCUGGAGAAGAUCGCUAUUGGAUGUUAGGAAUAGGAGGGGUGCUGACAUAGGCAGCGACCAUCACUUGCUGCUGGCAACACUACAAAUAAAAUUAGCCAAAAUUGCUACCGCGGCAGCCCUCGCCACACGGAAGAAGUUCCAGUUGGAUAGACUUAAAACUCCCGCAACCUUGUAGCACUACAAAGGAAAAUAUAGAGAAGUGACAUCCAAUCUUAUAAAAGACCGCACGGAGGAGUGGGAGAUAGUUAGUAACCAAAUAACAAGCAUGACGAAGGAAGUACUAGGAACUAAAAGUUCUAAGAGGAAGGAAUGGCUUGGCGAAGAGACCUGGGAGCUUAUAGAAAGACGCAAAGCAAUUAAGCAGGAAAUAAAUCAUGCUAAUUUGGACACGGAUAUAGCGGCUCUCACCAGACUCUAUAACGAUAUCAAUCGUAAUAUCAAAAGAAGUGCAAGAAGGGACAGGAGAAGAUGGAUCAACUCACUAGCCGAGGCAGCGCAAACCGCUGCAGAAUCUCACAACAGCAGAGAACUUUAUAGAAUCACUAAGAGAUUGAGUGCGCGAAGCUUUAAUAUCAACGUUCCGGUGCGAAGCAAGGAGGGGGACCUACUGAAUACAAGGGAGGACCAACUGAGCAGAUGGAGAGAAUAUUUUGAGCAAUUGUUGAAUAACACGGCCCAGACUGAUAAUACUCAGGACGUGACGGAGUGCGACGAGGGCAUCGUAAACGAUCCUGAAGAAGCUCUGGACAUAAACUGCGAGGUUCCGGGCAAGUCGGAAAUCAGGACAGCUGUAAGAGGAUUGAAAAACAACAAGGCGGCAGGUCCAGACGACAUUCCUGCCGAAAUCUUAAAAGCCCACGUCGAGGCAACAGUGGAACUCCUGUACCCAUUACUCAAGCAUGCCUGGGAUAACAAUUCUUUCAAUCCCCCUUGGAAGGAAGGCUUAAUAGUUAAAAUCCCCAAAAAGGGUAACUUAAUGGAAUGUGGCAAUUGGCGCGGUAUAACGCUGCUAAACACUGUAAAUAAAAUAGUGGCAUCUGUAAUACAGAAGAGGCUUACCACGACCUUGGAACCUAAACUAAGGCAAGAGCAAUGUGGAUUUAGACCCAAUACGUCGUGCAUUGACCAUGUUAAUACCCUGAGGAUAAUAAUACCCAUGUUAAUACCCUGAGGAUAACAAUCUGCGGAGUGGCGCUCCUCU